AGUUCCGCGACUACUUACACUAACGACAACAAUGAUUCUUUAGUAACAGUUAUAUCAGAAAAAGAUCAGAAUUCAUCAGCACUUCAAACGGGACUUGAAACCGCCAUAGUAGAUGGUCAUAACAACACUGAAAACAUAAAUCAUUCCAAUAAUAACAAUGUUAAUCGUAUAGAUAAUAUUAACAUCAGAGUUAAUAAUACAGUCGAUAAUAAAAUUAGCGACAAUAACGUCAAUAUUAAUAGCAAUAAUAUAAACUCAAAUAGUAAUAUCGGUAGCGGUAAUAAUGAUAAAGUCACAUCGUUAUCAGAAACAUCUCCGAUAGAAACAACAAGACCUUACGUUAACGAAGGAUUGGAGUUAUGGAAUAAACGGAGAGAACUUUGGACUCGCGGAAAUCAUGAUCCAAAUUCUCUACAAUCCUUACCCUCCGAAAACCGAAAUAACCCAGCAUUGGCUAAUAUUACUCCACUUAAUUAUAACUACAUAUAUGAUUCGUUGGUUCACGAAAAGAAAAAAUUGGUCAAACCGAUUCCUUUGUCUUACGUGGUAACGGUACUGGUUAGUGGAUGGAAAAGGGACGAAAUUUGGCCUUCGGAACCACCUUCGGCUUCUUCUUCAAACGCAAAUGGAACAACCCUUAGUUAA